AUGGUCGGGACUGAGGACGGUCAGGAGGCCGGAUGGAGGUGUGCUGCAGCUCGACGUCGGAAAUCAGAUCGCCAGUCGCUAAGUGUGGUCGGGCGAUGGUCGCCUGACGGUGGUGCAGGUGGUCGGAAGCUCGACGGUUGGAAGCUCGACGGUGGAAGUGAUGGGCGUGAGAGAGAGAUGAGGGAGAUGAACCCUAAUUUCUUGUCGUCGUGCGUUCGAGAUUCGUUAUAUGUCGGGAAGAUGAAAGACAGUGGAAAAUUUUCAAUUUUUGUAAACUAUGGAGGCCAGUUCGUUAAAUGUGGAACUUCUGUUGAGUACUUAGGUGGUAAAUUUAAAACAGUUCAUGGUUUAGAUGUGGAUAGGUUUGGGUAUUUUGACUUAAAAGAAGUAGUUGAGAAGCUGGGGGUUGAAAAGUUUGAAAAACUUGUAUACAGAAUACCAAGGAACAAUGGAGCAGAUAUGUUUAAAGAUGUUGUUGAUGAUAGUGUAGUUAUGGAGAUGAUUAACCACGCUACUAAGGGAAGAACAUUAUUAGAGGUUUAUGUAGUAGGGGAAAUUAUAGAAGAAGAUAACAGUGAAAAUGAAGCUAGUGUUGAAAGUGCACCAAGGUCAGAGGAACAAUUUGACAUUGAUUCAUAUAUAGACAAUUUCUCUGAUCCUAAGAAUCAUUCUGAUCCUAAGAAUCCUAAUGAUGUGGAUUUAUUAGCUGAGUCACAGAAAGAUGGUAGUGAGUGGGAAAUGGAUGAUGAUGGGAACUGUAUAGGUAGAAGGAAAAUGGUUACUUAUGAUCCAAAAUGUGAUCAUAGUACUCUUGAGUUUAUGUUAGGGAUGAGAUUCAUAAGCAUAGAGGAGUUGAAGAAAGCAUUAAGGAAU